GUAGGACCUAACCAUAACUUCCUCAUUUAGUGCUUUGUUUUUCAAGUUGAUCAUUUCAAAGAUCUGUCACCUUUUUAUACCAGUUUUUUCCUUAAGAUUUUGGGGCAAUAUUUCCAACAUUCUUCCCUUCCUUGUGCAACAUGAUUCAAAGGGCUGCAUGCUUUCCCAGAGCUCUACUUUCUUCUCUACAGAAGGUAGGAGCUAGGUACUUUACUGCCCCUGCAGCUCUAACUUCUGCACAAUCUUCUGCUGAUUGGGAUUACGAAUCAACGGAUUAUGAUUGGGAUAAUCUUGGGUUCAAGGUGAUUCAAACUGAUUAUAUGUUCAUGACAAGAUGCUCUCAAUAUGGAAAUUUUGAAAAAGGCCAACUUAAUCCUUAUGGGAACAUUGAAUUGAGCCCCUCUGCUGGUGUCUUGAACUACGGACAGGGUUUAAUUGAAGGUACAAAAGCUUAUAGAAGAGAUGAUGGACGUACUUUUCUUUUCCGUCCACACGAAAGUGCAAUUAGAAUGCAAAUUGGUGCUGAAAGAAUGUGUAUGCCUUCCCCUUCUACUCAACAAUUUGUCGAUGCUGUCAAGCUAACUGCUCUGGCUAAUAACCGUUGGAUCCCACCAGCUGGCAAAGGGUCACUUUAUGUUAGGCCUCUGCUUAUAGGAAAUGGGCCUAUACUUGGGGUGGCUCCAGCUCCUGAGUAUACAUUCCUUGUCUAUGCUUGCCCAGUGGGAAAUUAUUUAAGGAAUGGAACACAACCAUUAACCUUAUAUGUUGAGGAGGAACAUCAUCGUGCCUCACAAGGGGGAGCUGGUGGAGUCAAAAGCAUUACUAAUUAUGGCCCGGUUUUGAAAGCUAUAAAGAGAGCAAAGGAGAGAGGAUACUCAGAUGUAUUGUACCUUGACUCAGUAAAUAAUAGAUAUAUUGAAGAGGUCUCUGCCGCUAACAUUUUCCUUGUUAAGGGAAAAGUCAUUGCAACGCCAAUCCCCAGUGGAACCAUUCUUGAAGGAAUCACAAGAAAAAGCGUUAUAGCCAUUGCACAUGAUCUUGGAUACCAGGUUGAAGAACGUUUGAUUGAAGCUGAAGAAUUGAUUAGUGCAGAUGAAGUCUUCUGUACAGGAACUGCACUUGGUGUUGCACCAAUAGGAAGUAUUACUUAUAAGAACAAACGGAUUGAAUACAAGGUAAGCUCAGAACUAAUUAGCGAGCAAUUAAACUCGACACUAGUAGCGAUUCAAAAAGGUAUUAUCGAGGACAAGAGGAAUUGGGUUCUUGAGAUUAAGUGAGCUUUGGUUUGAUGACGUUAACAAAGUUAAACUUGCAAAAUUUGUGCACCAUUUUUUUGUAAUAAGUUAUAAGUAAUUAUUUUGAGACAUGAGAUUAGCUAGACAAAUUAUCAUUGUAUUAAUUAAAGUGUUAUGCUCUAAGAGCUCCAUAUACCCUAAAUAUUGGGCCGUUGGAUUGA